AUGAUUAAUCAACAUUUUUUACAACAACAACGUUUGAAUAAUAAUCAUGAUCAAUUACUUCGUCGAUAUCAACAUAUUCUUCCACCACAUAUAUCAGAAUUUCGUACAUUUGGUAGAAGUUUAUUACCAGGUCGAAACUAUGAUCAAUAUAUGAAUAGAAUGAAUAGAAAUGAUCGACGUAAAGAUUCAUUAGUUUCACAAUCACGAGCAGGUAUUGGUUUAUCAGGUGAAACAUAUAGAUUGAUGGGUGGUGGAGCAACUGAAAUUUUACCAAGAAAUGUUAGUUCUAUUAUGCAACAUACUCGACAACAACCAACAUCUAUAGUACAUGCAGAAAAAUUCGAACCUGUACAAUUCUAUGAUCAUCCAGUAUUUGGACCAACACCUGCUUACAUUCGACCUGUAUUUAAUAAAACACAACAUCGAGAAGAAAACAAUGCUAGUGGUACUGAUACUGAAGAAGACGAUGAAGUUAGUUCAUUGACAUCAGCGAGUGUUGUUCAAGGUCAUCAUAAACAAGAAAGAAAGAAUUCAUCACCUAUUGUUAACAAUAAUAACGAUGUCGAUGAAGAAGAAUCUAGCAAUAUGCCGAAAGGAUAUAUAUCGUAUAAGAAAUGGAAAGCAAAAUAUGAAAAUCUUAUUCCAGUUAAUCCUCUUCUUUAUAAUAUUUAUACACAUCGUCCAAAUGGAUCACUUAAUAGCUAUGGUCAAUCAUUAUAUGCACCAUCGAAUCCUCAUCUUCAAGCAGCAACUCUCGAUCUUGAGGGUCUAUCUACUCCAACUAUAUCAGACAUGGGUUCUAUUUUAUCUGAUACACCUGGUGGCGCUCCUUCGUCAGCCAAUCGACCGUAUCACAGAUUACAACCACAACCAUCUCCUAAAAUAACUCCAAUUCGAACAGUUCCAACUAGUAUACAAGAAAGUGAUGGUGAGGACUCAGAUGAUGAAUCAAGUCCACCUGAUUCACCUGUACCUUACUUAUCACGAAACAAAACAAAUCCUAUUGCAUCAACAUCAUUAUCUACUACAAUUCCAUCAGCACCAAGAAUAACAUUACCACUACCAUCGUCAACAUUCAAUACAUCCAAUACCAACGCACCAGGUACAUCUACAUCAUUAACUACAAUAAAUAUUCCACCCGCUCCACCAAUGCCUCCAUCAUUACUAUCAACUACAUCCAAUAAUACAUAUCAAACUGCUUCUAUUAUCCCAACUACCGUACCUCCACCAGCACCACCAAUGCCUCCAUCACUAUUAUCAACUACAUCCACUAAUACAUAUCAAACUCCUUCUAUUACCCCAACUACCGGACCUCCACCUGCACCACCAAUGCCUCCGUCACUAUUACCAACGUCAUCCACUAAUACAUAUCAAACCCCUUCAAAUCUCUCAAUUACUUCACCACCACGUGCACCACCUAUGCCUUCAUCAUUAUUUCCAACUUCUUCACCUCCAUCUGCACCUUCUAUGCCAACAGCAUUAUCAACUACAAGUUCAGCUGGUAUAUAUCAAGCACCAUCAAAUUUGUCUGCUGCUCCACCGCCAUCAACUUCAUCAUUCUAUGGCUCAACACCAAAAGCAGUUACAUUUGGUGGUUCAUCAGCAUUUCCACCUCCUCCAAAUAAUGAUGUUUCAAGUAGCAGUGAUAGCAGUGAUGAUGAAAAAGCGAAACGUCGACGAAGAAAAAAAAAACAAACUGCAGCUGGCGUCGAUGUUGAUUCAUCAUCAGAUGAUUAA